CACUCUGAGGAACUGUUGUUCUCCCCUCAGGCUGGAAUUAUAGCUGUAUUCUAGCCUGUACCAUAGUCUAACCAUAUAUGCAGUGACACGGAGUCAGCCCUGAGGAUGUUUGAAAUGCUGAUCCAUCAUGAGCCAUUGUAGGAGAAUGGCUCUGAUCUGAACAUGGGCUACACAAGAUUAGCUUCUGAUUUUGGAUUAGGGAAAGGGUUACAAUGCAAAUUAAAUAUAUUUAAACUUGUGAUUUAUGUCAAAUUACAUGAAAACAGAAGAAGGAUAUGGUUCUGCUGAUAGCUUCAUGGAAAAUAGUGGGUUACUAUUCCCUUAGAGUAGCCUAAAAGAUUUGGACAUGAACUGUCCAUUGAAAUUGUGUCUAAAUCCCCUGAAUGCCUUGCAAACCCCAGCAAUGUUCUCUGACCUGAGGUAUCCAGAAGUGGUUAGGCUGUUCCAUGUAUUUUUUAGUUUCCCUAACUGAUGUAAAUGGAUGCAGUGCAGCUUCAUUAUUUUUCACCAGCUGAGGUGAUAGUUUCAGAAUUGGUUGGAAUGGAAGAGAAUUAAGGGAGAAUUAGAGAAAUAGGCAAGAGCUGGAUGGGGACGUCUGCUUACAUUCUGUAAGUACUUACCCUGAUUUUUCCUUUCUAAUGUUUGACCAAACAGAACAAGGACAGUGUGUUUUAUGUACUGGUUAUCACUUGUUGUCUGGUACAGAAAAGGUUAACAAAGCUACUGCAGGAAUGAAGAAACACCCCAAAUAUUUGUGGGCAGCUGCAAUAUUAGACACAGGUUGCUGCAGUUCACUGCAGGUAAACCGGUACAGCUAAGCUAUUUGGGUGCUACUAUUUCCUUUGAGAUGAUUUCAUAUGUUUAGUUUUAAAGCUGUGUAAACCUCACUGAAAACGGUCACAAUGAGUGAGCAAACAUUGAACCACCAUUAGAAAAUAAAUUGAAAUAAAAUAAGAUCCUUUGUGUUUUAUGCUAAAUGCACAUUUCGAAUCCGAACUUCAUUCACAGGUAUGUAGCUGAGUCCCUCUAGUGGCACAAACAUUUAUUUGGCUUCAUAUGUUAUUAAAAUUCUGUUUUACAGUCCAUUAUAGCAACAAAUUCACAGGUAGGCUUUUCUGGGCACUCUGAGAGCUGUGGCAAAGUAAAUCUUGGAUUAGAUGCUGUGCAAGCUCGUCUUAAUGAAUGUAAAUUGAUUUUUAAGUUGUGAGGGGCAAUUAUAGGUGCACUGGAAGAAGGGAAUAUUUGAAAGGAUAUUCUAGAACUAAUUACUAGUGAGAAACACGCAAAGAGCAACGUAAUACCCAGGGCAGCCAAUAGGGAUAAAAGCUUAUACACAAAACUGUCAUGACCUAGAAGUGAAGACUGUUUAAAAACACUGAUCUCCACUUAGCUUGUAAAUGCGCAUCACCCUCUUUCUCACUCACAUAUAUUCUCUCUCUCCCUGACACACACACACGCUUCUGGAUUUGCAGAAGAUAGACGUCUAGGGCACAUUCUUGGCAUCCACAGGAGAAUCAUAUGGGAUUAAAAAACCACAGCAGAACUGCUGAAAGCUGCCUCUUGAGGAUUACAACUUCACCUUUUCUUUUUACGGAUGCUUGUUUACUAUCCAUGUGGUAACCUCUGGACAGCCAGUAAUCCAUUCGUUAUCCACAGUGAUUGAGUGCAGGAGUAGUGCAGUAACUACUUCACUCGGCUGACGGCAGAAGACAAAAGGAGGGAAAUGAUGAAUUCGGACAAUUUAACCUCCCAAAGCUUCCUCUCUGCUAUUCACAGCAACACCAGCAAUUUAUUCUCAGGGCUCCAGUUUGUUCAGUCCUUCAAGCCACUCAUCAUCCCCUGCUACUCGCUAGUGGUUUUUAUUGGUGUCAUUGGGAACUACCUUCUCAUUUAUGUUAUCUGCAAGACAAAAAAGAUGCACAAUGUCACCAACUUUCUGGUAGGCAACCUGGCUUUCUCAGACAUGCUCAUGUGUGCCACCUGCGUGCCCCUGACGCUCGCCUAUGCCUUUGAGCCCAGAGGAUGGGUGUAUGGGCGUUUCAUGUGCUACUUUGUUUUCCUGAUGCAACCCGUCACUGUGUUUGUGUCUGUCUUUACCUUGACUGUCAUAGCUGUGGAUAGGUAUUAUGCCAUGGUGUACCCAUUCCGCAGGAGGCUCACAAUCCCUAUUUGUGCUUAUAUCCUGGCUGCUAUUUGGUUGCUGAGCUGUACCUUGGCUGCCCCAGCCUUGGUCCACACUUAUCACGCAGAGUUCCCAGAACUGGACUUCUCUAUCUGCGAGGAGUUUUGGUUCCACAUGAAAAGAGAUCGCUUAGCUUAUGCCUACAGCACUCUCAUCAUCACCUAUGUACUGCCUUUGGCUGUCAUCUCCCUGUCCUACCUGAGAAUCUCUGUCAAGCUCAAGAACCGUGUAGUCCCUGGCAAUGUCACCCAGGGCCAAGCUGAAUGGGAUCGAGCAAGGAGGAGAAAGACUUUUCGCUUACUAGUCUUAGUGGUGGCAGCCUUUGGAGUCUGUUGGCUGCCUCUGCACAUCUUCAACAUGAUAAAGGACAUCGACAUCAGCUUGAUUGACAAGCAAUAUUUCAACUUCAUCCAGCUGCUGUGCCACUGGUUUGCAAUGAUGUCUGCAUGUACCAAUGCCUUCCUCUAUGCCUGGCUCCAUGACAGCUUUAGGGGGGAGCUGAAGAAAAUGUUUGCCUGGAAGAAGAAGAAGAUUGGACCCACAACAAACUGCAUUAUGGCCAGUGUGGUGCUGUAAAAGAGAGCUGCUGGGAGUGCACUUCCUUCAUAUGUUAACACUGGAGCACAGAAAAGGAGAUGAUGGCUUUAAUUCCUACAUCUACAUUUCCUACAUUUCCAUUAGGCGCUGGAGAUGUUUCAUCAGCAGCUAGCGGGUCUGCAACGAGAAGCUUGCUGCUUUCCAGUGUAGCAAUGAGAUCUGCUUCUCCUGCUGAGCACAGUUCUGGGUUUCCAGAGAACGUGUUGGAAAGGCCAUAUAAAGUUCAGAGCAGCAGGAGGGGCUCUAGUGCUGUGGUCUGCGAGAUCCUGGUGAUGCGUGUGGUGCCGAGGAUCACUAUUAUGCAGCUCAAAAUCACCCCAGCAACAUCACCAACAAAGUGAUGUGUUCAGCUGGAGGCAGCUGGUGAUCCUGUGAGGCCUGACAGCACAAGAUAUCACCCUGUCUACAGUUUCCCAGCCAUGGGGACCUGUGUUCAGUUACCCCAUCACACCCAUGACAUGACAGGCCAAUUCUCUAGUGAAAACAUGAGAGCCAAAUGACAUGAUAGCUGUGAUGGACUGACAUAGAUUGCCAUCAGUCACAGCUGCAUUUGGGACUGGGAUGGUGAAGCAAUAGAUUGUAUUGUAAAACAAACCUGUCUGGGACUCGUGGAAUCAGGGCAAGAAAGAAAACCAGAAGUAAGUAGAAGACUUGGACUUCAACCAAACAAUAACCAUCCAAAGGCGAAAUGUAUAACCCAGAGGCUGUGUUUCUGUACAAACGUGGGAGUUACUGAAGCCUUCUUGUGAGUGUGGUCCCUCACUUGCAGUGUGCCAGUUCAGUGUAUUGGCUUUAUCGCAUCUUUCCUCCCAUCUCUCAUUGAGGGAUGCCCAUCUCAUGCAGUGGGUUUGAACAGGGGCAAGCCAGGAGUAUAUAUGGCUGUUAGUGUGAGGUCCAUGUGUGCAGGGCCAGUAGUGUAUGGUCCAGAGACAGAUAAGUUGAGGGCUUUUUGAUAGGGUUUUUUAAUAAAAACAAUUGAAAGGUUGGGAAUGGGGUCCUGAGGCAUGUGUUCAACCAACCCACCCCUCAGCAGCUCUGAGGAUGCAACUCUGGGGGCAGCAAGAUAAAAGUAAUCCAAAUUACAUGUACAAGAGUUAGGUAGGAGCUACAUCACUGAUUAGAAAUCGCUUUCUGAGUCACUGUGUACAAAGUAUGUUGAAUCAUUAAGACGACCAAAGCUUCAACACCCAGCUUUGGAAUGAUUUCUCCCUCAAUUAUUGAAUCCUUUGAAAAAUUCAACAUCUUUUGUUAAUAUGUAUAACUUCAAAAUGUUAAAAAUAAAUUUGAAACCAUCUGAAGCACCAGACAUAGCAUAUGGCAGUCCUGUUUAAUCUUAACAAGUCAAUAAUAUUAUCAUUGUGACUCACUUCUUCAUUAAAACACGUAUUCUUGUCUGUUGUAUAAAUCAAAGUUUAUUUGUAAAAGCCUUUGUACCACCCAUGCAAUAUACAGUUGUCACAGCUAAUUGUAAAU